UUGAAGAUUGUAUAUAGUCGAUAUCAGUAUCCACACCAUUCCUCACGAGUCACGAGAUCAUCUUCGUUCUGGCAAUCCAUUCGAGCGAAUUGUAGCAGUAAAGCCCGCCCUUCAAUAUGAACGAUGGUGCUUUCACAUCUUGAUGAACUAGUAAUUCCUCAUCCUUUUCGGUUUGUUUGUCAAGCGUUCACGCUACGUUACCCGAACCCAUUCGCCCCUCAUGUGAUCACGGCCGAUACCCUUGAGCGUAGCUGGGAUGCCGAAUCGGGUACCUUGCGUUCCACACGUCUCGUCUUGAAACGGGGUACUCUUCCGUCAUGGGCUCCCAGAGGAAUCGUCGAGAAGUCCGAAACUUGGGUUCUGGAAGAGUCAACGAUCAACAUCUUGGACGGGACGAUGACGUUAUCCAAUCGAAACCUGGACCAUCGCCGUGUGAUGGAAGUCAUUGAAAGGAUCACUCUACGAGCCCUAGGUGAGGUAACCGAAGCUACGUCGUCCGUAAAAGUUACAUCCUCCUGGGGAUUUUAUGCGAUUCGGAAGAGGAUUGAGCAAUAUGGAAUUAGUCGAUUUCAACGCCAGUCAAGAAAUUCGAGACAUGGCCUUGAAUUGAUAAUCAAACUGCUACGACCGUCCUCGCCGCUUCGAGAGCCUCUUCUCAAUGCCGAACGAAUCAACUACCCGCCUUCGCUAGCGCCAACGUCACCUCUGAAAAGCCGUCUCCGGGAACUUCGACUGCGAGCCAAGGAGAAACAACGACUGAUUAGCGAGAUGCUUCGGCCGGCAAACAAAAAAGAAUCAAGCCCAUCAGAACACGAGUCCGAUGAGGAUGAGGAUCACGAAGAUGACUCACUCACAGCUGCCGAAGAAGCUGAAUUGGACCAGUUAGAGAGUGAAUUUAGCGCAGAUCCAUCGUCCUCCAAACUUGCUUCACCCCUCUCCAAUACCUCACCACAGAAACGACGUUGGUUUUGGUGGUGGAGAUGGCACCUCAGUUCGGACUCAGCUCCUGAGGAUAAAAGCUCUAAGGCAUAGUCUGACUCGUCUCCUCGAGAGGAAUACCACUAAUCUGGGAUUGGAACAUAUGCUAUAACCUCAAUUCAUUCUUCUUUUGUUUAUAGCUAUCUAUCUUUCUUCUACCUAAUUAUUGGAUGCCAAUGAUAACUCUUACAAAUAAAUCAAACUUGUGAUCUGCUCACUGUGGAGCUUAUAUUGU